AUGAACAUAAAAGUUAAAGAUUCUAAUAAAAAAGGGAAUGGAAAAGCUCUAGCUGACCCCAAAUAAAAGUAAAUCUAAAUCGAGAUUAAUUCAAUUGAUAUAAGUAUACAAAUAUAGAUUUUAACUCAUUUUAGAUCCUUUAACGAUGUUGCAUUAUCUUUUGGCUAAGUAAAAAAAGACUCUAAGGAACUCUACGAUGUUAAAAAUUGCUAAAGUAAUCAAUCUCAACCAUAUUGGUUGGAAAUAGGCCUAUUUUAGCCUAAUGCUUCAUAAUUUUUGAAUGGAUAUUAAUAGAAAAUAAUGUAAUGUAGUUUAAUCAAAUUAGUUAAUAGAGAUACAUUCGUCAAAGCUGUAUAUUUAAGUAAAGGAUAUUGUGUACUAAUAUAGGUAAAUAUUCAUAUAAAUCCUCCAGAUAGCUUAAAGAUCUUUUAUUGUUAUCUAAGGGUUUCAUGUAAUUCCCAAUUUCUAUUGCUAAUUUGCUUUUGAUUUACUAUGUUUUUUUAGUACUUAUAAAUAUUUUUGGAUCUAAAAUGUCUGA